UCAGCUGCGGGCAACGGCGCGAGGCGUGGCGGCAGAGCGGCAGCCAGCCGGAGUUCUGGGCGUCUAGCGGUGACGGCCGGUUGCGCAAGGCUAUCAUAUUCGUACAAGCCAGCUAUCUGCAAGUCCGCGAGUAUGUAAGCUUUCUUCGGCGGUUUCCUCUAUCUGACCCAUUGAUUAUGCUAUUAUGGGACCAUCCCUCGGUUCGUCAAUUGAUUGCUUGAAUUCUGCUUCCAGUGCCGCUGAGUGUUUGCUUUUCAAUAAAUAUGUGAAGAAUACGUUAAGUAAAAUGGGGAAUGGGGGAGCAAUACUUAAAUUACUGCUUGGUAGUACUAGUUACUUUGUUCGGGUGAAGGAUGAGACCAUUAUUCCUAGCAACGGAGUAUUGUAGAGUUAAAUUGCACCUUUUAUAAUUUAACUAAAUAACAAUUUGUAUCUUACUAGUCGUUAUUGUGAAUCUUCAUGUUUCGGAUGUAAUGAAAAAUUGCACUCUGCACCCACACCAAAAAUCCUAGCUCCGCCUCUGCCGGAUUUCUUGGUGCUCUUUAAACAGCGCCACCAGGUGCUGCUGCUUGGUUGGUCGAGUUAUUUUAACUUGCAAACAUUUGAAUUGCCAACGCGUGUGUCAUUUGACUUCAUCGUGGUACACCUGCAAGUUGUAAGAACUCUGCAGACAAGUUCUGCAUCAAUCUGCAUCAACAAGGCUUUAUCUCCCCGCAAAAAAAAAGGCUUUAUCAAAAAGGACUUGUUGAACAGAUUUUCUAUCCAAAUUAUUUCUAUGUUAAUGUCACUAUUCUACUUGUUCGACAACCGCGUGGUUCCUCCUGGAUACACCUCUUUUAACCUGUCUCUGGCCAAUAAAAGAGAGAUGAUUGCAUAGUCAAAGAUCUUGAUGCUUGAGAUAUAUUAUCUCCGGCUGUAUGCGAUUGCCAUUGACUACAUCUUCCAUAUUUCUCAACUUCUACCCUAAAUAUCAGACUCGCAUCUUGGGGCGUUUGUAGGAAGCUAGCAACCAUUUAGCUGUUACAGUGCUCAAUACCAUGAGUACCUUGAGCUUUUCCUUGCUAGCUUCUGCUGCUGUAGUCAUCCUGGGCAGAACCUGCAGCUGCUUACAAUUCACAUACCCUAGCUUCGACACAACCAAUAAGGCUGAUUUCAAUUUCAGCACAGGCUCAACGAUCGCAAAUGGUUCCCUGCAUAUCACUCCAAGCACCGGGAACAUCAGCCACUGGUCGGGAAGAGUGGUGUAUGCAAGGGAAGCCCUCAAGCUGUGGAACAGUAAGCGCACAGCAGUUACAUCGUUCAGGACAGAAUUUGUGCUCAACAUCCUCCCAUGGGACAAGAACAUUGCUGGAGAAGGUUUGGCUUUCAUACUCACGAAUAAUCCAUCAUUGCCCAAGAACAGCAGUGGCCAGUGGCUGGGUGUGUGCAACAACCAGACAGAUGGCUCCGUGGAGAACCGAAUAAUAGCCUUUGAAUUCGACACGAGGAAGAACUAUGAGGACGACCUUGACAACAACCAUUUUGGCAUCGACUUCAACAGCAUCAAAUCUGUUCGGCAACAGUCUCUCAGUAAUCAGUCCAUCCUCCUCUCAAGUGGGUCUGAUGUAUGGGUCGAGAUCAAAUACAACGGCAGAUCAAUGUUGUUUCAAGCAACUCUAAUCCAGUACAGCACAAGUGGGCAGUAUUUUUCCCAAGUAUCUGCGUACAUUAAUCUAUCAGCACUUCUACUGGACGAAGACAUAUAUCUGGGUUUCGCAGGUUCCACGGGCGCCUUCACCCAACUGAACCAGAUAAAGUCCUGGAACUUCACCACAAUAGAGGAUCAUGAAACAAGACAUGGGAGAAAGUUGCUUUUGGUUCUCGCUGCCUUGAUUAUAUUUUCUCUGUGUUUGUUUGUUGUGCUCUUCAUGUGGAGAAGGCUGACACGCCAGAGAAGGCUCGCCUAUCGCAACCUGGAGAAAAUGAUAGAUGCACAUGGUCCGGUCAAAUUCAAGCUCAAGGAGCUCAGGCAUGCAACGUCCAACUUCAGUCCUACCCGUAAGCUCGGCAGAGGGGGCUUUGGCACUGUUUACCUCGGCUACAUCAAUAGGAUGAACAUGGAGGUGGCCGUGAAGCGGGUGUCCACGAGCAACCAAAAGUCCAGCCGAGGAGAGCAGGAGUUCGUCGCAGAGGUGAACACAAUAAGCAAGCUCUCCCACCGUAACCUCGUCAAACUGAUCGGCUUGUGCCACGAGGGCGCCGAGCUGCUCCUCAUCUACGAAUACUUUCCCAUGGGAAGCCUGGACAAGCUCCUGUACGCCAGUGCCAGGACUACUGCUCCUGAGCUCACAUGGGAUCGCCGGUACAAGAUCAUCUGCGGUGUGGCAUCUGCGCUCGACUACCUGCAUCACGGGAGCAGCAAGAGGAUCCUGCACAGGGAUGUCAAGGCCAGCAACGUGAUGCUUGACGAGGAGUACAACGCGAAGCUGGGCGACUUUGGCCUCGCCCGCAUCAUCCAGCAUGACAGCAUGACACACCACUCCACACAGGCGGUGGCAGGCACCCGUGCCUACAUGGCGUACGAAGCCUUCUUCACCGGCCGCGCCAGCCUCGACACAGACGUAUAUGCGUUUGGGGUCUUCGUCAUGGAGGUUGUCAGCGGGAGGAGCCCCAGCAGCUCUGUUUCGUACAACGACGACCGUGGCGAGUCAAGCGGGCGAGGGCGACACGCUACGCCCAUGUACAUCAUGGAUUGGACUUGGAGGCUCUAUGGCGAGGGGAAAAGCUUGGACGCGGCCGACACGGUGCUUGGAGGAGCGUACAAUGAGGCGCAGGUGGAUUGUGUGGUGAGGCUGGCCUUGGCGUGCUGCCAUCCGAACCCGAGGGAGCGUCCGUCCAUGAGGACAGUGGUGCAAGUCGUGAUCGGUGGAGCUCCGGGACCGGAACCCCCGUCGGAGAAACCUGCGUUUGUUUGGCCUCCGUCAGGCAAGCAGCGGGAAAUAGAGCUACCAGAUGUCGGUGUGCUGUUCACGGGAGGGCAGCCCAGUUUCUGCUCAGUGACCUCCAGUUCCCUCACGGGAAGGUGAUCAUCGGUGGGCGUGGUCACUACGGGAUACGAGAUAUACUUAUGUACUACAGUAGUUGUAUAUAUGUUGCAUUAGAAGUGUACACUUGUUCAAACAGUUUGGAUAACAUGCCAUACGAUGUUUAAUUCCAUUCGUGCUGCAUGUAGCUUCUCACUUCUUUUUGGCACGGUUUGGGAACUAAAAGUAGUUGCUUCAA